UCUUCCGAGUUCCGUCGACUCCAGGGCGGCGCGCUAACCGCUAAUCCUCUCCGGCCGCUGAGCCGUCGCCUUCCGUCCCCGUCGCCGGCUGCUGCUGCUGCGGCAGCCGCGGAGUUGAGAUUCCGACAAGCGAGCGCCGAUACACGCCACCUGUUCGACGGAAUGCCUCACCGGUUCGAGACGGCGGCUGAGACGAGCGGGGAGGACCAGGACCUCCUGGGCGCGCUCCCUGACGAGAUCCUCCAGCACGUGCUCUCCUUCCUUCCCUCCGACGAAAUCGUGCCGACGUGCCUGCUCGCGCGCCGCUGGCGCGACCUCUGGAAGUCCACGCCUGCCCUGCGCAUCUCGGACGCCGAGAACAGGUUUUGGGACUACCGGGAUAUGCACGAAUUCGUCAACCAUCUGCUGCUCCUCCGCGACAGCGAGCCUAUGGACAUAUGCGAGAUCAACUACUCUAGGUACCUCGGGUGGGGUGUCCUUGGCAAAAAGAGGCCGUUUAAGUACGUUGGGACGUGGAUCCGAUAUGCCUUGAGGCACAAAGCUCGGGUGCUCCGUGUCAUCAUCCACAAGGAAAAUAAGCACUUCGAGCUUGACAGCGCUCCUCUCAUCUCGCAGCACCUGACAGUCCUGGAGCUCAGCGGUGUACAAUUGGAUGAUCGUGCCCUGGAUUUAUCAAGAUAUCCUGCGUUGAAGGAUCUGAAGAUCACAGAGUGCAUCAUUGUGGCCCGUAAGAUCUCAUCUCAAUCCCUACGCCACCUUAUCGUUAAUGAUAACGUCUUUGGUCCUGGCCUGCGCAUACAGAUUUCUAUCCCAAGUCUAGUCUCACUACAUCUAAAGGGUUUUGCGGGCCGGACUCCAGUACUUGAAAGUAUGCCAUUGCUGGAAACAGCACAUGUAGCACUUGGCGCGGAAUGCGAUGACCGUUGUGACAAUAGCAGCUCGGGAAAUUGUGGCAAGGAUACUUGUAAGGGUUGUCAUGACUGUCCUGAUGGCCCCGAGAGGUGUGUCCUUCUCAGAGGGCUAUCUAAUGCCACCGAUUUGAAGUUGAUAGCUGAACUAAAUGUGUUUAUUUUCAAAAGGGAUUUGAUAUUCUGCCCUACAUUUAGCAAGUUGAAGACAUUGUUACUUUUUGGAUGGUCUGUGGCUGUUGACCCCUCUUCUGUAGUUUUCCUUCUCCAGCACUCACCAGUUCUCGAGAAGCUCACUCUUCAACUUUAUAAGGUUCCUGAAGGAAGCCAAAAUCCAGAGAACCACUAUGCGUUCGCACACCUUAAAAUAGUUGAAGGUGAACGUCGAGAGGUUGAAGAAAGUGCUCAGAAUUUUUUGAAGUCACACUAUGGCAUACCUGUUGAUCUGAUUAAAAUCCAGGAACCAAAUGGUUCAUCUUACUCUUCUUGCUGGAGAGCAGACAAUUAUAUUGACAAAGAAGAAGAUAUGCCCAGCCUGGUCUAUCCAACCAACAACAACGUAGAUGAAAACGACGACGACAUCUACUUUCUGGGACAUUUGUUUCCAUGGUGAUUGGUGCAAAGAGUUGAGCCUUUGAUGGAUAGAUCUACUGACAGCCUCACACGUGCCUUGUGAAGAAUACAUAUAAGGUUUGUGAUUUUAGAGGAUAAGGUUUGUGAUUUUAGAGGAUAAGGUUUCCUCUGGUUGCCUUUUCUGAAAGUUCAAAAGACAGUAAUAUAAUAAGGAGUUGAAGGGCCUAAUUGGGUCCAGUUUACCUACAGCUUUGCGGCAAUUGCUUUCGGUCUUGGCUGAUCAUCACCUCGCUGAAUGCAUUGCAUUUGCUUUCUUCUAAUGUCUCGAUCGGGAGUAAGGAGCCUGUGUAGCGCUCUCAAAUUAACUCAUCUCAGUUUGUGCAUACCUUGGAUGUAUCGCUGACUGCAACUUUUUAUGUGAUUUUUGCUUUGUUGCUUA